AUGGCGUCCAACGAUGAUGCCAAAGCAGAGCGCGAAGAGCGGCUCAAGUCAGCCCUCUGGUACUCAAUCGGCCAGUUCGUUGACGAGAAGACGUUGGAGAACGACCUGAAUGCAACACCUCAGUUCAUCGGCGCGCUUACUGAGCUUGUAUAUACUCAAAUCGCAAACACAGCCCGCGACCUCGAAGUCUUCUCCAAACACGCCGGGCGCAAUACGAUCAAUACAGACGACGUACUGCUACUUGGGAGACGAAAUGAACAACUGCAAGGCUUGCUGGAGAAGGAGCUUGAGGAUAUCAGAACAGCCGAGGGCAGGCGGGCAGACGGACAGCCAGUUGCUCGCGCACAGCCAGCCGCGGCAGGGAAGAAGCGAGGUAGGCCUGCCGGUACUGGCAAGGGCAAGGCAAAAGCCUGA